AUGACCACCAUCGCAUCGUUUUCGAACGCUAGGGUCGUUGUCUUAGGAGGCACAGGCGCUCAGGGCCGUUCGGUCUUUAUUUCCAAGACUGAUGGUGGUCUAGCUCUUGCCAACGGAUCCAAUUUUCAAGUCUCUGUCCUGACGCGAGACAUCUCGUCGUCUUCAUGCCGAGCCUUGCAAGCCGAAUUCCCGGCUGUCAAGCUUCUUCAGGGCUCAUACACCACCGAGGCUGGUCUUCGUACCGCUUUCGCCGACCAAGACGUUGUCUACUUCAACAUUGACAGCUUUAGUGUCGGCGAGCCGUUCGAGUAUUUUUGGACCUUUCGCGCCUACGAGAUUGCAGUCCAGAGCAAAAUCAAGUGGUUCAUUUACUCUGGCGCCGGUUCAGUCGACAGGUUUGUCGCCCAUGGCCUAGCCGAAGAAUAUCGCAACAGUCACAAUAUUGUGGCUGCACGGCUGGCGGGCUGGCUCGCGGCGCAGCCCUUGGACCGUCUACCAUGGUCGAUCAUCACCGGCGGGGUGUAUGCCGAGAUGCUGAAUCGACUGUUGAAACCCGUCCCGCAAGGCGACGGAUACGUUUUCAAAUUGCCCCUGAACAAGGAAUCAAUCAUGCCGCUGAUCCCCCUGGAUAACUAUGGCGAGGCCGUCAAGUGGGCACUGGAGCACCCACGCGAGAGCCUUGGAAAAUUCGUCUCGGCAGGCCCGUUUCAGCUGACAUUGGACCAAGUGGCCGAUGCGCUGGAGCAAUAUACCGGCAAGAAGACGAAAUUUCAGCCCAUCACGCUCGCCGAUUGGAUGGAGCGCAUUUCUGCCAACAUCGACCCCGAAGGUAGAUUGCCGCGUGGAGCGUCGCCGGACGACACGACGGCCUUCACAUUUCGCAAAUCGUUUGGAGCGUGGUGGAGCAUCUGGCGAGACAAUCGGAUCCCCGAAACGAAAGAUGAUUCGCAGCAGUGGGCAGAGGUGCCGCGGUUGUCCAAAUACAAGACGUUACGGGAGUGGAUGGUGGACGUCGAGUAUAAUCCAGCCCACUUCUCAACGAGCUUCAAGGGCAAACAGUAG